AUGGUGCUCAGCUUCAUCCUCUCGGCGCUGCUGCCGCUGCGGCCCUGGGACUUUGAGCGGCGCUUCGACGAGCGCGGCGCAAUGCGGUGGAUGCAGGACAACUGGCAAAAGGCUUUCUCAAUUUCUAUAGCUUAUUUGAUACUGAUCUUUGGAAUCCAGCAUAUCAUGAAGGAACGGACAGGCUACAAGUUGCGAACACCACUGGUUGUGUGGUCCCUCGGUCUGGCCUUGUUCAGUGCCAUUGGGGCCCAUCGGACCUGGAAGUAUAUAGCCUUCGUCAUCUCUACAGAGGGAUUUAGGGGACUGGUGUGUGAUCAGACCUUCUAUGUUCACCACAUUGCCAAGCUUUGGGCCUAUSUCUUUGUGAUGAGCAAAGUCUUAGAACUGGGUGACACCGCGUUCAUUGUUCUCCGGAAGAAGACGCUCAUCUUCCUCCACUGGUACCACCAUGUUACUACGCUCAUCUACAGCUGGCUUGCCUAUAAGCAACUAGCACCGGGUGGGGGCUUGUUGUGUGCCAUGAACUUCGCUGUCCAUACUUUCAUGUACUCCUAUUAUGCCAUGCGAGCGGCAGGCCUUUGGGUGCCCCGCUACAUUGCCAUGGCAAUCACCCUUUCACAGAUCCUGCAGAUGCUGCUGGCUGUGGUAGUGAACAUCUUGGUUUUCCUCUGGAUGGAGCAGGAGGUCUUCCAAACCUGCUGGUCAGGUGUUUUAUUUGCAUUGUUGAUGUACUUCAGUUACCUGGUGCUCUUUUGCAACUUCUUCUACAAGACUUACCUGACAACUGCCAAGAAAUCAAAGGGGGAAUAAAACUGGGGAGACAGAGGGUGGCUGGGGUGAUGGGAGGGGAGUGGAAAGCAGAAAUUUUUCAUUCCUGUAUGAAACUUAGUGCUUGAUGGGUCUGCCGUGGUGAUGUUUAGGAGGAAGUCACUCUCUGGAUGAAUGUCUUCAGGUGAAUUUGUGCAUUGACCUCUGGUGAGUCUGCCUUGAAACAGGUGAAUUGCCAGAGUGAGGUGCAAAUUGUCUUGGGUUGAUGGUGUGAAGAAAAGGAGRAAGUAGAGGGCUGGUUCUCAAAACUAUGAUUCUGGUUUUUUUUAAUGCUGCUUCCCUUUUCCAUGUACCAGUCAAGUUUGCAGUGUACAUGGCAAUCCUUAGUGACUGCUUGGAUCCUGCACGGCCCAAAUUUCUUUUUGGGAAAAGGUGGGGAACUCCCUCAACAACACUACAAGUGUGAGCUGCACCAAAGCAAUACCCUGAGCGUGCACCUCACUUGAGCUGAAGUAAAUGUUCAACCAGGUGGCACCAGUUUACACUUUACCUCCUGGGCUGCUGAUACAGAUGGGAGCUUCAAGCCAGCGGGCUCAUCCAGCAAGGAGCAUCAGAGCUUGGCCCUGGGUCUCCUUUCAUCUUUCUUGCCUGCCCUGGCUGCUGCAGCAGAACCUUUACUUACCUCCAAUGCAAGGGCUCGGUGGCACAGUGAGCCUUGUUCGGAAUUAGGUACAUUUUAAUGGCUGUCAUCUUGGCUCUGUCAUUCAUAUGGUAUUAAACAUUGCGUUUAACUUGACRUAGACCUCAAGAGUUGAGCAGAGUCCAAGUCUGCCUUAUUUGCAGAGCAUCUACAGCAUUGCCUACAGUCAUGGCCAGGGGAGAGCCCUGAGGGGUAGAAGGGCUGGGGUCUGUGCAACAGUUUAGCUACAGCCACAGCAGCUGGGCUCUGA